AGGACGCAUCAUGUCCGAGACCGCUCCCGUCGCUGCGCCCGAUGUCGCCGCUGCCGCCCCUGCCCCGGCUAAGGCUGCUGCCGCCAAGAAGCCGAGGAAGGCGGCGGGCGGCUCCAAAGCCCGCAAGCCCGCCGGCCCCAGCGUCACCGAGCUGAUCACCAAGGCCGUGUCCGCCUCCAAGGAGCGCAAGGGGCUCUCCCUCGCCGCGCUCAAGAAGGCGCUGGCCGCCGGCGGCUACGAUGUGGAGAAAAGCAACAGCCGCAUCAAGCUGGGGCUCAAGAGCCUCGUCAGCAAGGGCACCCUGGUGCAGACCAAGGGCACCGGCGCCUCCGGCUCUUUCCGCCUCAACAAGAAGCCCGGCGAAGUGAAGGAAAAGGCUCCCAAGAAGCGCACGGCCGCGGCCAAGCCCAAGAAGCCGGCGGCUAAGAAGCCCGCCAGUGCCGCUAAGAAGCCCAAGAAGGCUGCGCCGGUGAAGAAGAGCCCCAAGAAAGCCAAGAAGCCGGCGGCCGCUGCUGUCAAAAAAACGGCUAAGAGCCCCAAGAAGGUAACUAAGGCUGCUAAGCCUAAAAAGGCGGUGGCAUCAGCCAAGAGCCCGGCCAAGGCAAAGGCGGUGAAGCCCAAAGCAGCCAAGCCCAAGGCGGCCAAGCCCAAAGCAGCCAAGGCGAAGAAGGCGGCGCCCAAGAAGAAAUAAACGACCCCAAAAAAAAAUCUCGUCUGCUUUGCAGAUUAACCAAACGGCUCUUUUCAGAGCCACCCAAGCUUUCCUUAAAAGAGCUGAAAUAUCUUUAACCUGUUUUGCGUGCGUGUGAGCAAUUUUAAAUUCCUUUCUUAGGUACUGUUCUUUCUUAAGUUCAAGCUUGUAACAGUAAGCUUCCACGCUCUUGUUUUCCGGAGAUACUGGGAAGCCCCGCAGCAGU